UUUUUAUUACCUCUGUUGCAGAUAAGAGCACAUGGUUGAUGUAGGAAUAUUUCUACGUUUGCAAACGGAAUAGACUGUGAUGAUGGAUGAAGAUAAGAAAUCAUCUCAGCUCCUCUCAGGAACAGAAGCUGCCAAAGAGGUUCGAGAGAGGCUGGCAGGUGAAACUUCAACACUGAUCAGGGAAACUGGAAUUAUACCACGCCUCGUAAUCGUGCAAGUUGGUGGCCGAGAAGACUCUGCUGUUUACAUCAGGAUGAAACUCAAAGCAGCAUCAGAAAUUGGAAUGAGGGCUGAUCAUAUACAUUUGGAAAGAGAGAUAACUCAGUCUGAAUUGCUGAAUAAAGUUAAAGAAUUGAAUGACGAUGCAACAGUUCAUGGAAUUAUCGUCCAGAUGCCUCUUGAUACAACUGAAGACAUUGAUUCCCGUUUGGUUAUUGAUGCAAUCAGUCCUGACAAAGAUGUAGAUGGGACAUCACACUUUUGCCUGCAGGUUUCAAAGGCAGAUUUGCUUGUCGUUGCCAUGGGCAAACCCAAGUUUGUUAAGGGUGACUGGAUUAAACCAGGCUCAGUGGUCAUUGACUGUGGCAUCAAUUCCAUUCCUGAUGCAACAAAGAAGUCUGGGUCUCAGUUGGUGGGUGAUGUGGAUUUUGAGGCUGCAAAGUAUCGAGCUGGCUGGAUUACUCCGGUUCCAGGGGGAGUUGGUCCCAUGACUGUGGCCUUCCUUAUGAACAACACAGUUCAAUCUGCCAAAAGAGCAGCACAAGAAAUGUUGAGAGAGUCUUGGGCACUUCCUCCACUCAGAAUCCAUUCAAAAUCCCCUGUUCCUAGUGACAUUGACAUAGCCAUGGCCCAGACACCAAAGGACAUUGGAACAUUGGCCAAGGAAAUAGGUCUCUUGCCAAGCGAGGUUGAUUUGUUUGGGAAGACAAAAGCAAAAGUUUCCCUGUCAGUGCUUCAUCGUCUGGAUGGAAGGAGCAAUGGGAGAUAUGUUGUAGUGACCGGCAUUACUCCCACUCCACUUGGUGAGGGGAAAAGCACAACAGCAAUUGGUUUGACACAAGCACUUGGUGCCCAUUUGUCCAAGAAUGUUUUUGCAUGUGUGAGGCAACCAUCACAAGGGCCUACCUUUGGUAUCAAAGGAGGUGCAGCUGGUGGAGGUUACUCACAAGUCAUCCCCAUGGAUGAAUUCAAUUUGCAUCUGACUGGGGAUAUUCAUGCUAUUACAGCUGCCAAUAACCUGCUUGCAGCUCAGAUUGAUGCAAAAAUGUUUCAUGAAAGGACACAGAGUAAUGAAGCUCUUUACAGGAGACUGGUUCCUGACAUGAAAGAAGGGAGGAAAUUCUCCAAUAUUCAGCUCAAUCGCUUGAGGAAGCUGGGCAUUGAGAAAACAAAGCCAGAGGAUUUGACACAUGAGGAAAUCAAAAAAUUUGUUCGACUUGAUAUUGAUUCUUCUACCAUCACCUGGCAGAGAGUUUUGGACACAAAUGAUCGGUUCCUUCGGAAGAUCCAGAUUGGACUAUCACCCACAGAGAAAGGUCAUGCCAGGGAAUGCCAGUUUGAUAUCACUGUUGCAAGUGAAAUAAUGGCCAUACUGGCACUCACCACAGGAUAUGAGGACAUGAGGCAUCGACUGGGUAAAAUGGUUGUUGCUAGUAACAACCAAGGAGAGCCAGUCACUGCAGAGGAUUUGGGGAUCAGUGGAGCAUUAAUGGUGCUAAUGAAGGAUGCUAUCAGACCAAACCUGAUGCAAACUCUAGAAGGAACUCCCGUGUUUGUCCAUGCUGGACCAUUUGCCAAUAUUGCCCAUGGAAAUUCUUCCAUCCUUGCAGAUGCUAUUGCUCUCAAAUUAGUUGGACCACAUGGAUAUGUUGUUACUGAGGCUGGUUUUGGAGCUGACAUUGGGAUGGAAAAAUUUUUCAACAUCAAGUGCCGAUAUUCUGGUCUGGUGCCAAAUGCUGUUGUCCUUGUGGCCACUAUCAGAGCUCUGAAGAUGCAUGGAGGUGGUCCAUCUGUUACUGCUGGUGUUCCUUUGCCUUCUGCAUACACUGAAGAAAACGUGGAAUUGGUUGAAAAGGGAUGUCUGAAUCUCAAGAAGCAGAUAUCGAAUGCCAAGAAAUUUGGAGUCCCUGUUGUGGUUGCCAUCAAUGUUUUCAGAUUCUUGUAUGAUACCUUACUACCAAUUGAGGAGAAAAUAAACAUCAUAGCAAAGGAAAUAUAUGGAGCAGAUGGUAUUGAGCUGUUGCCAGAAGCUCAGAAGAAGGUGGACACAUAUACCAAACAGGGAUUUGGAAAUCUUCCCAUUUGCAUGGCAAAGACCCACCUGUCUCUAUCUCAUGACCCUUCACUGAAAGGAGUGCCAACAGGAUACAAACUACCUAUUCGAGAUGUGAGAGCAAGUGUUGGUGCAGGCUUCCUCUAUCCUCUUGUAGGGACGAUGAGCACAAUGCCAGGACUGCCAACUCGGCCAUGCUUCUAUGACAUUGAUCUGAACCUGAAGACAGGAGCAGUGGAGGGCCUUUUCUGACAAUCACAGUACCCCACAGUGAUACCCCCAAGGCCUUCAUUAGGAGGAAUCACGUGGGUCAAUUCUGUGCGAAGGAUCCAUUACUGCAUUCGACGCCUUCCAUUUAUCUUUUGAAGGAGUGCCUCAUGUUGAAAUUCUCCUGUGCCAUGUGUUGUGCAAUAUGAAACAGAAUGGUCUGCUUUGAAUUACCCCUCUUGCUUUUUGUUUUUUGCAAUUUGUUUGCUACAAAUGUUCUAUAUACUUCCAUAUUUUGAAGUGGUGUCUACUUUGAGGCUUUUUUCAAUAAAAUACUAUUUUCAAG